CCACAAUGAGCACCCAAUCCCUCGAUAUCCUCGCUCUAACAGAGAAUCUGGAAUUGUUUCUAAAAGACCCGGAAGCUAAUUCUAAAUCACUGAGCGCCGAGGCGCGUUAUCGGCUCAGCGAGGCUGCCAGGAAGGUGAGCUUCUCUACGGAGGCAACGGGAGAUACCUUCCACCGCAUCGCACAUUCAGCAAUACAGCUUCCCCUUGCCUGCGUUGGGCUCGACACGAAGAUCUUUGACAUCUUGUCUGACGUCGAGGACUCUGUCACCGCUGCAGACCUCGCGAAAAAGGCCAAUGUCGACCCGGCGCUUAUGGUGCGCUUGCUGCGGUAUUACGAAUCAUUUGGCAUUAUCGCCCAGAACGACGAGAAAAAUGCCUACAGCGCCAAUAACGUAACCAGAGCCAUGACGACAGUAGCUGGGAGGAACGGAGUCAAAUUCUUUUUGUACGGACACACUCGGGUGUGGAAUAGUCUUCCGCAGUUCCUUCGCGACAACGGAUACGUCAACCCCACCGACGCGAAAUCGAGCCCAUGGUUUACGGGCCACGACACCGACGAGCCGUUUUGGGACUGGGUCAACAGCCAUCCGCCGAUACUAGACUAUAUGCUCGGGUGGAUGCAGGGCCAGCGAGACGGUCUCCCCAUCUUCCUCGACGUGAUCGACUUCAAAGAAUUCGCCCAGGGCGCAACCAGCUCCACGCCGAUAUUCGUCGACGUGGGCGGCGCCAGAGGCCACCAGUGCAUUGCUCUAAAGCAGAGAUACUCGGAUAUCCCUGGCCGCGUCGUGCUCCAGGACCAGGCGCAUGUGAUCGGAGAAGUGAAAGCAGACCCGCUCCCGGGCUUCGACGGCAUCGAGGCAGAGGCCCACGAUAUUUUCACGCCGCAGCAACUUCGAGGCGCCCGGGUGUACUACAUGCGUUAUAUCCUCCACGACUGGCCCGACCACAAGUGCGUCGAGAUCCUGCGGAAUCUUAGACUUGGCAUGACGGAGGAGUCUAAGAUCUUUAUCGACGAGAUGAUCAUGCCCGAGGCCCACGCCUCCUGGCGGGCGACGCAGAUGGACAUGGUGAUGGCGAACUGCUUCGGAAGCACCGAGCGGUCGCUGCCGGAGUUUGAGGCGCUGCUGCACGAGGCUGGGCUUAAGAUUUGGAAGGUCUAUCAGUAUACGAAGCAGCUCAAUGAUUGUGUUAUUGUUGCUACUCUUCGGUAG